CACAGAAGAACCCUAGAAAACUAAGCUUUCAGAAGCUGCAGACAACAUCGUCGCGGCCACCAGAAAACCGCGCGAUCCUGUAACACUGUUCAUAAGCACAGUGAGCUUCCUGUCUUACCCCAGCUAAGUUUGCAUUGUUAUAUUUUUAAACGGACAAUAAUGUCCCGCACUCAUCUCUUUCCUCCUAAACCCUAAGCAGAUAAUUCAAAUUGAAAUUCCUCUCCUUAGACCUUUGGAGCUUUGUUCCGUUUCAAGCUUUUCGACGGUAAUUGGACGAUUCCUCCGACGCCGGCCAUCAAGGUGAAAUUUGGAUACCAAUUCUCAAGAUCAGUGGUGCCACAAAGUGGCAUAUGAAGUAGGGGUCCUUUAACACCUAAAACUUUGUCCUUCUUACAUCCACUUUCCCCAAAUACGGUUCGAAACGUUUUGGCUGCAAAAAAAAGAGGAAGAAUACGUCUAACGUUUCGGCGGCCGCAAAACCCCACUCGUCUCCACACAAAACUCUAAAACCACCGUUUUCAAAUCCAACUCCAAAAAACACAGUAUAUUGGAUACUAUCGUCGAGAUGUAUCUUUGCGUUCCUCAAUCAGUCUCUGUCAAAUUCCCAGCAAUCCCUCGUUUCGGUUCGUCUAGACGGGACUUCAAGAUUGCCGCUAUUUCCAUGUCUGCCAUUGAAGUCUCCCGUCACAUUCCAGCAGCCCCCAUUUUUCUCCCUGAAGGCCCUUGGAAGCAGAUUCCCGGUGGAGUUACUGCUGCAGAAGGAUUCAAAGCUGCCGGAUUGUAUGGCGGUCUUCGUGCCAUAGGUGACAAGCCUGAUCUCGCUCUUGUUACUUGUGAUGUGGAUGCCACAUCUGCUGGAUCGUUUACCAUGAAUGUGGUAGCAGCUGCGCCGGUGUUGUAUUGCAAAUCGGUAUUACACACUUCAGAAACGGCACGAGCAGUUUUGAUCAAUGCUGGUCAAGCCAAUGCAGCAACGGGUGAUGCGGGAUAUCAAGACGUGAUAGAGUGCUCAAGCAGCCUUGCUGAGCUACUUCAAUUGAGACAAGAGGAAGUGUUGAUUGAAUCGACUGGUGUGAUUGGUCAAAGGAUAAAAAAGGAAGCACUUCUAAAAUCUCUUCCAAAACUGGUUAAUUUACUAUCAUCGUCAACUGAGGGGGCAGAUGCUGCAGCAGUAGCAAUCACAACAACCGACCUCGUUAGCAAGAGCGUGGCAAUUCAGUCUCAGAUUGGUGGGACAAAUAUAAGAGUCGGGGGAAUGGCAAAAGGUUCCGGGAUGAUCCACCCAAAUAUGGCUACAUUGCUAGGGGUAGUAACAACUGAUGCGAUGGUUAGCAGUGAUGUUUGGAGAAAAAUGGUUCAAAUUGCUGUCAACCGGAGCUUCAAUCAAAUAACAGUAGAUGGAGAUACAAGCACUAAUGAUACUGUCAUUGCGUUAGCGAGUGGUUUGUCUGGAACCAAGAUAUCUUCCUAUAAUAGUAACGAAGCAGUCCAACUUCAAGCAUGCCUUGAUGCGGUAAUGCAAGGUCUUGCCAAAUCAAUAGCUUGGGACGGAGAAGGAGCAACAUGCCUAAUUGAGGUCACAGUGACUGGUGCGGACAUUGAGGCUGAAGCAGCAAAAAUAGCACGAUCGGUGGCAUCUUCUUCACUAGUAAAGGCUGCAAUAUAUGGCAGAGACCCAAACUGGGGGCGCAUUGCUGCUGCUGCAGGCUAUGCAGGAGUACCCUUUGACCAAAGCAAGCUCCAAGUAUUGCUAGGGGAUAUUCUGCUCAUGGAUCGUGGGGAACCACAAUUAUUCGACAGGAGUGCGGCUAGUGACUACCUCAAGAAGGCUGGUGAGAUCCACGGCACAGUUGUAAUUAGUGUAUCCGUGGGUGACGGCCCGGGGCGAGGUCAAGCAUGGGGUUGUGAUCUAAGUUAUGAUUAUGUUAAAAUUAAUGCCGAGUACACAACAUAAAGUACUCAUUUUGUAAUGGUGCAACCCCAACUGGAAAAAUAUUAUCUCAAACUGAUUAAUGACGACCCAAAUCUGUAUUUUUUUUAUAUUUAUAUGAAAAACGAAAGACUUGUUGUGAA